CUUACAAUGUGAGAAUUCGGUUUUUAAAACUACCAAAUGCCCAUUGAUGACUUUACUUCUGUUUAUUAAAGUACACUGUUUAGAAACAGCUGAUGACUGGGGACCUGCACACUACAGACUACAGUCCAGUGUGUACUGAGUUAGCCGGUUAAGAUAGACAUUGACUUUACUUCUAGAAGGCCUUUAAUAUAAAGUCAAUCUUGAAAAUUAUGGAGCAACCCAUUGAACUACUAACUUCGGAAUCAAGUUUACUUGCACGCACAAGGUCAACUGCUGUUGAUGCUGUAAUAGACUUUACAGGUGGAACACUUGGUGGAAUAACCAGUGUUUAUGUAGGGCAGCCAUUGGACACUGUCAAAGUGAAAAUGCAAACGUUUCCGACUUUGUAUCGCAAUGGGCUCGACUGUUUUCUUCAGACUUACAAACAAGAUGGAAUAGCCAGGGGAUUGUAUGCAGGCACCAUCCCAUCUUUGGCAGCUAACAUUUCUGAGAAUGCUGUGCUUUUCUGUUUUUAUGGCGUUUGCCAAAAAUUAGUGGCCAAGGUUAUGGGAGGGAAGGAGAUUUUAUCCUUAAACCCAUUGGAGAAUGCCAUCUCAGGAGCAAUGGCUGCCUUUUUCUCCUCCUUCACCCUGUGUCCCACAGAACUGAUCAAGUGUCGCCUGCAGGCCAUGAGAGAGAUGGCCACCAAGGGCCAGCUGGAGGGAGGAUUGGAAAGAUUAAAAAUAGGUCCUUUUGGACUGACCAAAGAAAUCCUCAAGGCUGAAGGAAUUCGAGGUGUAUAUAAAGGAUUGACUGCAACAUUUCUAAGAGAGAUGCCUGGUUAUUUUUUCUUUUUUGGGGCUUAUGAAGUUUCUAGAAUAUUAAUGACACCCAAGGGCAAGACAAAAGAUGAAAUAGGUGCUUUAAAGACAAUAGUGUGUGGUGGACUGGGAGGGGUUGGUUUAUGGGUGGCCAUCUUCCCCGCUGACGUGGUCAAGUCAAGGAUCCAGGUGCAGGCAGUUUCAGGUGUACCACCUACUUUUAGAUUUGUCUUCAUGAAAAUUUUACGAGAAGAAGGAGUGAAAGCAUUGUACAGAGGAUUAGGACCAACAGUGAUUCGAACAUUCCCUGCUACUGGUGCCCUGUUCCUGGCUUAUGAAACAACAAAGAAAUAUCUAGGCAGGCUCCACAACUAUUUCUAUGGUAGCCAAGUAGAUUGAGCCUUAGCUUGCUGUGGAAAAUUGUGUGUUUUGACUGAGAGGCCUUAGGUAGAUAUUUUACUUACAUAUUUAUUCAGAUCUGAAAAUAUCACUUCAGAGUUUAUUGAUGUAUAUAGCAUGUAUCAACAAGUGCUUUGAAAUUUUGUUUCAACUGUUGUCGCUCCUAUUUGUCAUCUCUUGAAUUUUCACACACUCGUUUUAAAACUUGCCUGAGUAUUCUUUUUUAAAAGGCCAGCAUAUAGUUUUUAAUUUAUGUACAUUUUAAAACAUUUAUUUUAGGAUUCUUUUACUGAAGUUUACUCUACGUUUUUUUUUUACCAGAAUCUAUAUUUAUUUAAAUUAUUGUCAAUGAUGUAAAUACUAAUUAAGAAGAUAGUAAUGACAACCAUUAUACUUUCUUGUUUAUGUAAUUCAUUCUUUAAAUAAAUAACUUUCUUUACAUAAUAAACUGAGUUGAUAUUUUAUUCAUACUUGAUCUUUUAUUGCAUUUAAGUUCUUCAACAUAUUUGUGUAUAAACUAAGAAUGUAAAAAUUGAAAACUAUUAUUAAUAAAAACAAUAUUUACAAUAGCUUUAAAAUUUCAAAAUAAGUAUAACAAAAAUUCUCUAUUUGUUAACAGUUUCCCUUAUACAGCUUUGUGUGUUGCUGAUAAUGUUAAGAAGUUCUUCCUACAGCUACCCCUGUUAAUUUACUGUUAUUGUUAUUUUUAAAACAGAUUUUACUUGUGUAUGAUAUAAAAUAAAGAUGUUUUAUAUAUUAAAAUGUUGACUAGACUACUACAUAAACAUUUCCUCAGGAUGUUUUUGUUGUCAAUGUAACCUUAAAUAUUUAUCCACAUUGUUUACAACUGUGCAAUUAUUUUUUAAAUUUUAUUUUAUAUUGCAAAAAGUUGGAUUUAAAGUCUACACAAGAAAACAUUGUUACAAAUGUUUUUUAAAAUUUAAGUAUACAAAAGCUUCCUAAUCUGGCAUCUGAUCUAUUUUUUCUAUUGCCAGUUAAGCUUUAAAUUUAUCUUUAAAAUUUUAGAAAUUUUAUCCAUUAUUGCUUUUAACUUUCUCAAAAACUUUUUGUUUGCUUGAGUGAAAUUUAAAAAAAAAUGUUUUAUCAGAGCAUUGUUGUUUUACAUUUAAUUGCUUUGUUUUUCUCAGAAUUCUUAGCCGAUUGUUUCACACUUAGAGCUCAUUAAUUGACGUCCAGAUAUUUUAAUUGAAACUGCGAUUUGUUAGUGUCUUAGCUUCUAUCUACCCAUAAAACAAACAAUUGUUAAAAGAAAUAAUUAAAAAUGACGUGGAUGGUUAAGAAAUUUUUAAUGAAGAUUUUAAAAUGGAUAACUUUAAUUCUUUAAAGAAGACUCAACUUUGGGAUCUUUCACCAGAUUUGCAUUUAAUUUUAUGCUGUCUUAUGAUAUGAAUAUGUCCAUGUGUUAUUUCAUGACUUAGAAUGUAACAUUGUCAAUAUAAAUAAGACCUCUGUCUUGUAUUGACUGUUUCUUAAUUAAGCCGUUUUUUUUUUUAAAUAUUCCUAGUCCAAGUUAGGUUUCACAAAUUCUAUGCCUUUGGUAUAAUAACAGUGCUAUAUAUUGGUUAAUUGUAUGAAUGAGUUUGGUUAGAAGAUGAGUAGGAUAAGAUUGUGUAUAACACAUCAAUUAGAGAAUAUGGUUAGAAGUUGAGGAUGAUUCAGCUAAGAUUGAAUAGAAAAACAGGAUGUGGAUCAACACAUUAGACUAUACCUAGAGGUGAACUGGGUUGAUCAACACAUUGUACCUGUGUGCUUACAGGUGAACUGGGUUGAUCAACACAUUGUACCUGUGUGCUUACAGGUGAACUGUGCUAUCUUCAAAGGUUUCCUACCUGUUUUAUUGUGUCUGCUAAUGAAAUUAUGAUUUUUUAAAAAUGUUCAAUAAUUGUGCAAGUCAUAAAAAUAUGUAGCAUAAUUCAUAUUCCCUAUGUCAAGCAUUGUAUGUGAUGUUUUAAAAUGUUUUGAUUGUUGAUCAAAUAAUCAAUGACGUUAUAUAAAUGAUAUAAAACAUGAUGUUACAUAAAUUGUUGAUAAAAAAACUUGAUAUUCUAGAAAGUAUGUGUUCAGUUAGUGAGUGGGUUUGGUUUGUUUCAGUCUGUUAUAAUUAGCGAGAUGGUGUUUAUGAGACACAUGAUUAAUAAACGAAAAUAAACAA